AUGUCUGAUUGGGAUACUGUCACUAUCAUUGGGUCGAAGGCGAGAGCCGGUGGUUCGGGCCCCAGAGAAACUGUUGCUAAGUCUAACUCAGCGAUCAAUGCCGCUAGAAGAGCUGGGACUGUGGUUGGUACCGAAAAGAAGUACGGUACGGCUAACGUCAAGCUGAACCCUGAAGGUCAAAAGUUGACUAAGUUGGACAACACUGACGACGUUGUUGCUGUCAAGAAGGUUGACGCUUCUGUUGGUAAGGUCAUGUCUCAAGCUCGUCAAGACAAGAAGUUGACCCAAAAGGAAUUGGCCACCAAAGUCAACGAAAAGCCCCAAGUCAUCAAUGAUUACGAGUCGGGUAGAGCCGUGCCUAACCAACAAGUGUUGGCUAAGAUUGAACGCGUGUUGGGAGUGAAGUUGAGAGGUAAAAACAUCGGUGAACCCUUGUUCAAGAAGAAGUAA